AUCGUGGAGGUCUUAAAGAAUUCAAAUUCUUUUCUGCCUCAUGUCGUACUUGCGAGUACGUUGCUGGCUCUUAUAUAUCCGCCGUCCUUCGCUUGGUUCACCAACAGGUACUAUCCACCUGCAAUCGGGUUUCUGAUGUUUGCUGUGGGGAUUAAUUUCAGCGAGAGGGACUUUCUCGAGGCGUUUAAGAGACCAGCUGCUAUUUUUGCUGUGGCUAUAUCGGCCAGUACAUUGUGAAGCCUCUCCUUGGUUAUUUCUUUGGCAUGAUGUCCGUAACAAUGUUUUCGCUCCCAACGUCCAUUGGUGCUGGGAAUAUGCUGGUGUCUUGUGUGAGCGGGGCUCAGCUUUCUAAUUAUGCUACAUUUCUGACUGACCCAUCAAUGGCUCCUCUGAGUAUUGUCAUGACAUCAUUAUCUACCGCUACGGCUGUUUUUGUGACCCCUUUGUGGUCACUUCUUCUCAUUGGCAAAAGGUUGCCUGUCGAUGUGAAAGGAAUGGUUUCCAGCAUUUUGCAGAUUGUUGUCGCACCCAUCACUGCAGGUUCGUCCCUUGGAUUUGUAAUGCCAUACGACCACUUUUGCCGCUGCUCUCCGUCUUUGUGUCGGCUCUAUGCGUUGGAGCACCUCUUGCGAUAAAUGUUGAUUCCAUCAUGUCUUCAUUGGGUUUGAUGAUCUCGUUACUCAUAAUUGCGUUUCAUCUGUCCGCAUUCGUCAUUGGAUACUUCCUUCCCAGUUUUUUCUUCCAGAAGGCUCCUGAUGUAAAAGCAUUGCA